AUGAUUAUUGAUGGUCAGUCUGAAAUCGAGGAACUGGUCAUAUCUCGUAGGUCAAUGACUGUUGAGAAUCUGACUGCAUUGUUUGACAAACUGAAAGUAACGGAGAGCUUAGAACUAUGCGAAGACUUUUCUGCAGUUCGAAACUUUCCGUUCACCGUUAAAUCGAUACGUAUUUUUGUGUCUUCUUGGAUUACUUCAAACCAUUUGAAUUUGAUGAAGGACUGUGUUGUUAUCCAACUGAAAGGGUCCACUCUGACUGACCAGGAUGUGACAUCAUUUUUGGAUGAAUGGAAAUCUGGGGACUACCCGAACCUUCAGUAUCUAUAUAUUGGAAGUGACAAUCUGAGUCAGGAUUUUAAGGUGUUUGGACUACCAACACUUCACAAUUUUAGCGGAUCUCCCUUUGAGAAACAAAUUCUUGGUCAAACCAGAGUGAUUCGUUGUGCUGCUGAUGUUGAACAAAAUGGUCGCGUCGUGGCUAAAAUUAAAUUCACCACCAGUUCCAAAGUGAUUGAACUUCUUGUACUAUGA